AUGUCAGCAGAAGCUGAUGCACGAAAGUCAGCCGCAGAUGAAGCACAGCGAGCGGAAUCGGCAGGUCUGACUGUUAAAUGGGCAGACGCAGCAGUGCGGGAGAUGACGACAGCAGCAAGCGUGGACGACGCUCGACAGAAGGCGUUACUUGUGCUGCAAGCUUUUGAGAAGGAGGCUUUGGAUGCUAAGCAGUCGGAUCGAUCAAGUGCUUUUGCAAUUUACGCGGAACAGGCACGUCAAUCAGCUUCAGAAGUUCAAGCGCUGCAGCAGCAGGUGGGGGUAUUGAGCAAGGAGAACCAGAUUUUGAAGCGAGCUGUGGCGAUCCAGCACGAGAAGCAGAAGGAGCAUCAGGCGCAGAACGAGGAGGUUGGGAGGUUGAGACAAGCGCUGGCCCAGUAUCAAGAACAAGUGCACAAGCUCGAGGUGGCCAACUACGCACUCAACCUCCACCUUCGCCAAGCCAAUGAUGCUGAUAUGUCGCGAAGGGAAUCGCGAGGGGGAAUGAUGACAGUGAAAGCGGAGCCUGAGGAGGAAGGGGUGCGUUUUGAGUCGACUGAAAAUACACGUGGGAUGGCGUCAGUGACUCAAAUUACACCUGGAACGGUGGCAGUGAAAGCGGAGCCUGAAGAGGAAGGGGUGCCGAUGGAAAGAAGGAGGGGAGAGGAAGAGGAGGAGUCAUCGAGCGAAGAAGUGAUGGUUGUAGAGGAAUAUAUUGAAGUGGAGGAGGGAGAGGAGGGGGAGAUGGGGGAGGAGGGGGAGGAAAUGGAAGAAGGGGAAGUGGGAGAGGAGGAAAUAGAGGAGGGGGAGGAAGUAGAAGAGGGGGAGGUGGGAGAGGAGGAGGAGGAGGAGGAGGAGGAGGAGGAGGAGGAGGAGGAGGAGGAGGAGGAGGAGGAGGAGGAGGAGGAGGAGGAGGAGGAGGAGGAGGAGGAGGAGGAAAAAGAGAGGGAGGUGGAGGAGGAAGACAGGGGUCUUGUGAGUACGGGGCUGGGUGUGAUCGGGGUUUCAGCUUUGGAUGCCCCCCGUAACACCAGCACACAGAGAGGGAAGAGUGGAGAAAGUGCAGCUGGCCGCCCUGCUACCCCUGCUGAUGGCUACGGUGUUAGCAGCACGCAGAGGGGGAAGAGUGUGGAGAGUGCGCCAGCCGGGGCCCGCCCUACCAGGGAGCAGCGUUUGGUGGUGGGAGGAACGGGGCUGGGAGCACUGGGAAGUGUGGGUUUCGAUGGCAGUGGCAGCAGCAUGCAGAGGGGUAAGAGUGUGGAGAGUGGGGCUGACAACCCCGCCAGAUCUGCUCGGGAGCAGCGUUUGAAGGUGGGAGGAACGGGGCUGGGAGCAAUGGUGAGUGCAGGCGCUGAUAGCAUGAGUGGCGGCAGCGUGCAGAGGGGGAAGAGCGUGGAGAGUGGGGCUGGCAACCCUGCCAGAUCUGCGAGGGAGCAGCAUUUGGUGGUGAGAGGAAGGGGUCUGGGAGCACUGGGAAGUGCAGGCGCUGAUGGCAGGGGCAGCAGCACGCAGAGGGGGAAGAGCGUGGAGAGUGGGUUUGGCAGCCCUGGCAGAUCUGCGAGGGAGCAGCAGUUGGCGGUGGGACAAACGGGGCUGGGAGCAGUGGGAAGUGCAGGCGCUGAUGGCAUGAGUGGCAGCAGCACGCAGAGGGGGAAGAGUAUGGAGAGUGCUCCCACAAGGGCCAUCCCUAUCAACCGUGCCAACCCUUCCAACCCUGCCAACCCUGCCAACCCUGCCAGCCCUGCCAAUCCUGCCGGCCCUGCCAGGGAGGUUGGACGAACGGGCCUGGGAGCACUGGGGAUUGCAGGUGCGGUGGCGGUUCAGAAGGCAUCACAGGGUGUGGGUUCGACGGGUGCAGCUGGAGAAAGGAGAGCUGUGCGUGUGAAGGAGGAGGCAGUGGAGUUAGAGGGGGACGGAAUGAGGAGUGUUGCUGCUCAUGUGGUGACCACAUUGGGUGGUGGUGGUGGUGGUUCUGCUUCCCUUGCAGUCACCACAUCCGGUGCAGCUGCUGCUACCACAUCCGUUGCUGCUGCUGCUGCCACACCAGGCGCCGCUGCUGCCAGAUCAGGUGUAUCCAAGUCAGAUUUCACCCAAAUGCGCAUGAGACGCUGUAGUGAGGAGGCAACUAAGGUGAAUGUGCGUGUUAAGGGUGCAAGUGCCGUUGGUGUCGCCAGUGCAGCUGCUAUGGGUGCAAGUGCCCUCGGUGCAAGCAAUGCUGGUGCAAGCGUUAGUGCUCUGCGUGUGCCUGGGGGAGUGCGAACAAUGGAGGGAUCAGGAGCACCAUGUGUGUUGCAAGGAAGUGGGGGUGGAAGGGUUAAAGAAGAGCCACUGGAGUUUGGGGAUGGGGGAGUGGGAGUGAUGGGAGGAGCAGAGGUGAAUCGGAUGAGAGAUACGGAUAGAGCGGAGCAAAGGGAGAAGGGAAAUGAGGGGGGAGGGAGAAUGGUGAGAGGAAGUGGGGAUGGUGGAAAGGUUAAAGAGGAGCCAGUGGUGGUGGGUUGGAGGGGAGACGGUUUGAUAGGAAUGGAGGGGAGUCGGAUGAAGGGAAAGAACAGAGAGGAGGAAGGUGAGGAGGAAGAGGAGGAGGAAGGGGAGGAGGAGGAGGAGGAGGAGGAGGAAGAAGGAGAAGUAGUAGGGGAGGAGGAGGAGGAAGAAGGGGAAGUAGGGGAGGAGGAGGAAGAAGGGGAGGAAGAGGCUGAACAGGGAAUGAACAUGGAAGCGGAGGAGGAGGGUGAGGUGGGGGAAGAUGAAGGGGAGGAGGAAGAGGAGGAAGGGGAGGUGAGAGAAAGUGAGGCGGAGAUGGAAGAAGAGGGCAAUGAGGAGGCAGGAGGUAGUGGGAGGGUGGGAGGGGAAGAAAUUUCUGAGGCGCUUCAUGAAUUGAAGGUGGGAGAAAGAAAGACGGAGAUGGAAGAAGAGAGCAAUGAGGGAGGAGGAGGUAGGGGAAGUGAGGAAGGGCGAAGGGGAGAGGAGGUGGAAAGGGGAGUGGUAAGAGAGGAGAAGGAACAGGAGAGAGAAGAGGAGGAAAAAGUGGAGCGAGAAGAGGGGAGAAAGGAGGAAGUAGACGAGGGGGAAGAGGGGCAGGAGGGAGAGGAGGGGAAGGUGAGGGAGGAGGAGGAAGAGGGAACAGAGAGGCGGGAGGAAAUGGAGGUGCAGGCAAAGCACAGGCAGGAGAAAGAGGAAGAAUCAGCGCAGGUGAAAAGGAGACUUGAGGAGGGAAAAGGGGAGCAGGAUAAGGGAAAGGCUAAUCUCUGGCAGGAGAAAGAGGAAGAAGCAGCGGAGGUGAAAAGGAGAGUGGAGGAGAGAGAGGGCUGCGGAGGGGCGUGUCCGAUGGAGACAAAGGGUGGAAAGAGGGGUGAGGAGGGGGAAGAGGGGGAGGAGGGCAUGGGGGAGGAAGGGGAGGAGGGCAAGGGGGAGGAGGAGCGGGGAGAAGAGGGGGAGGAGGAGGGGGGGGAAGGCAAAGGGGAGGAGGAGGGGCAGACAAAGCAGCGGCAAUUGGAAGAGGAAGAAGCAGUGAAAGGGGGAGUGGAGGAGAGAGAGGGAUGUGGAGGGACGUGUGAGGUGGAGAAAGCUGUUGGGGAGGAGGCUAAGGGAGAGGAGAAGCCGGGAGAAGGCAAGGGGGCGGAGGAGGGGCAGACAAAGCAUUGGCAAGUGGAAGAGGAAGAAGCAGUGAAAUUGAAAGGGAGAGUGGAGGAGAAAGAGGGCUGUGGGGGGGCGUGUGAGGUGAAGAAAGACGUUUUGGAGGAGGCUAAGGGAGAGGAGGAGACGGGAGAAGGCAAGGGAGAGGAGGAGGGGCAGACGAAGCAUUGCCAGGCGGAAGGGGAAGAAGCAGCGGAAGUGAAGGGAUGGCAGCAGGACAGAGACGAGGAGAAAGCAGAGGCAGAUGGAGAUGAAGGAGGUGGCGACGAUGCGGGUGAGACAGUUGUAGAGGCAGGUGAACAGAAGAAAGAAGGUGACGGCGUAGCGGUCUCCAACACAACACCUGUGAAGGCUGAAAAAACAGUCUCCCCUCCCAAGGCUCGUAGGCUUUCCAGGGAGCUAAACCGGCUGCUGCACGACGCAUGCAAGUCAGCGGAACAGGCAGCAGCUGCGGCGUCCUCUCGGCAAGCACAGGCUGCUCUGGUGGCUGCAUGGCAAGCUCAGAGUGCUGUUGCUGGAAGGGCAUCGUCAUCACGAGAGGAUGCUGGGGAUGCUCGAAAAAGGCACUCACAGACUGCUGUGGAGUUGUUGUCAGGAGAAAAUUCAGGGAACUCUCAGAAAGCACAUGCACAGACUGCUGCAGUGGCAGGGAGGGAGGAGGCGGGAGGAGGAGUGGCCGAGGGGAAUGGAGUGGAGGGAGAGGGGGGCGAAGGGAGGAGGGAGGAGGAGGUGUGGAGGGGAGAUGUGCAGUGGGAAGAUUACUGCUUUGUGUGCUAUGAUGGUGGUGCCCUAGUGGCCUGUGAGAAGAGGGGCUGCCCCAAGACGUACCAUCCCGAGUGCACCGGGCUGCCCGAGAAGGUUUUCGAGUCGUCUGCGCCUUGGACUUGUGUGUGGCAUUCAUGCUCCCGUGGCUGCCGUCGCUCCUCCCUCUUCCUCUGCCUCCUCUGCCCCACCUCCCUCUGCUGGCGCUGCCUCCGCUUCCUCCACCGCCAUCUCUGGAUGGACCCUGCUUCUUCUGCCCGAGUGAAAAGAAUUUGGACCUUGCAACUUUCCCGGGCAGCUCAGUUCGCUGCCCGCCUUGCUUCGGGCAGGGUUUUGGGCUUGGAGGGAGGGAAGGGCAGGAGGAGAAGUGGGGAGGGGAGUGGGAUUGCUGGUGGGGAAAGGCAGGAUGGGAAGGAGGAGGCGAGGGGGAAGGAGGUGGAGGGGGGGACUGUGGUUGGCAUUGAGAUGGAAGAGGGCAGGGAGGAUGAGAGGGAGAAGGAGCAGGAGAGAGAGGGUGUUCAGGAGAGGGAGGAUGAGGAGGUGUGGAGAAAGAGAGAGAGAGAGAAGGCGGGAGAGAGUACACAGGGAAAGGAGGAUAAUAAGGAGAAAGGGAGUGAGGGAUACAGAAAGAGUGCAGAGGAAAGGGGGUAUGAGGAGGAAACAGAGAGGGUGGGGAUGAAAGAGAAGGAAAAGGAGGCGGUGAAUGAGAGGGAGAAGGGGUUUUCAGAGGGAGGGAGUAUCUGGUGGGGCAGGGAGGGCGAGGAGAGGAGGGAAGGGAGUGUGGGGUGGAUGCUGGAGCAAGUGGAGGAAGGCGGGCGGAAGGUUCUGGGGCUGUGCGGCGCGUGCUAUGUAAAGGUGGCGAUGAUUCAGCACGGCAUUGAGAGGACUCCCACUGGCAGGGUCCUAGACAUGGACGAUACAUUCUCCCCCGCAUGGUAUUUCAAGGACUACUACUCGGUGAUGCGCGAUUGGGGGCGGUUGGUGAUCGACGUGGGGAAGGCUCCUGAUGACUGGGCCUCUCUCCGAGAGAGGUGGCUGUGUGGGAUAGAGCUGGGGAUGUUGGGAGAGGAGGAAGAGGAGGAAGAGGAGGGGGAAGAGAGUUGGUUCCGUGCUUCGGAGGAAGCAUAG